CCCAGGAACGCUCAGAGGAGGUGGAGUCCAUCCAAAGUGGGAGUGCCGUGAGAAGUGAGGCUAUAAAUACAUGCUGCGUCACAGAGGCUGCAGCUCUUCAACACAGCUGGAAUACACUGAAACACUGCAGAGGGCGAGGCUCUCUCACUCUUCACAUUUUACCAACUGACUAAAGAACAUUUGCCUUCCUCAACGGAUUAAAGACAGGAUCUCUUACCUGACGUCCAAUAUGACUGGGGUGAAAGAGUGGUUUGAAGAAAAUAGGGACAGUAUUGAAAAGGGAAUGGAGAUCCUGGGCCAAGGCUGUGAGGUCCUGGCAGCCACUGUUGGCCAGUUCCAUCCCAUCCUGGAGGCAGUUUUUAUGGUUUCAGCUGAGCUCCUUAGCAACCCAGAGGGCAGUGAGGCUAAGUAUCUCGCUGAGCAGUUUGAAAAUGUCAACCGGAACUUGGAAAAGAUGCAGGGUGAUAUGAAGAAAACAGAGCUCGCAUUGCAACGAUCAUCGUUGAACAUGGAGAACUUUAACUUCUACUCACAGAUAAACGAACAGUAUAAAAUGUUUAAUUAUAUUUUCACAGCCAAGCCCAAGUUUAAGAAGGUAAAGAUUGAGGAGUUCCUUGAAUUCUUUGAUGAAUAUGAGGGAGACAAAAACCUUGAAUGCUUGUACAAUGCCAUCACUAAGGAGAACACCUCUGGAGAUGCGAUGCUGGACACGAUACUUCUCACCGAGCAGAGGAGCAGGAGGCCAGUGGAGGAAUUCUGUGCUAGCAUGAAGAAGGUGUUUGUGAUUGGUGUUAUAGCAUUGAUGGGAUACACUGCACUAAAGGACGGCACUGUUGGAGAGGACUUGGUGAAGGAAUGGCAAGUCCGCAUGGAGGCCGUGGAGAUCCGCAUGAAGGCAGCCGUGGAUGAAUGUGUAGACAAGUUUGCUGAGCAAGCCAAGACUGAUUUAGAUCAAAUGAUCAAGGAGAGGCAGAGCAGUGUCGACCCUGAGUUUCCAAAGGUCCUCCUGGAUGCUCUUGUCAAGAAGUAUGACUGGGUCUCCUGGUCAGUUAGGGUGUUUAAAGAUGAUGAGCGAAAAUUUCUCAAGCGUCUAGCUCGCAAGCGGCACCAUGUAAAAGAUGGGGGUGUCAAUUAUUUUGAGUAUUUGUGCAAUAAUAAAAUAAGAAUUGUUGUGUCUUUUUCUGCUGAACCUAAACCACUUAACAAGAACCAGAUAAAGGAUCAAAUAGAGGAAGAGAAAGGUAAUAUUGAAUCUGUGUUUGAGUCCCUGUGUGAGAGUCUUCCCAACUGCCUCGUCCAUGCUGUCAGUCGCUCUACCAAAGUAGAGGAAGCCAAUAAUUUCGACCCGGAGCAUAUUUAUUUCAUCUCUCACAAAACAGCAAACAUUUGUAUUCACUCAGAAUAAUGGAAUUAAGAUUAUUUAAAUACGCAGAUGACAAAAUCAGCAUAUACACCAUGUACUCAACUCUCCAGUCUCCUAUGAACUUUACUUUUUUCUUCUUAAUAAAUUUAUUUUCUUUGUUUUAACUUAUAAUUACUGUUGUUGUAGCACUUAAUUAUGGAAACAAAAAUGGAUUUAGACUGAGAGUCAAAGCACUUAAGCUGAACAAGAACAUAUUGGCCUAUAAAAAAGGAAGAAUGGACUGAAAAGAUGUUAGACAUUAUUAUAAUGGUGAUUCAUUAUAUAUACCCCUACAUAAUGCAUAUAAAUAAAUGUAUUUUCAUCACA